GCCAUCAGCAUCAGCAAAGCCAUAAAUACACAAGAAGCACCGGUGAAGGAGAAACAUGCCCGCCGGAUCAUCCUGGGGACGCACCACGAGAAGGGAGCGUUCACCUUCUGGUCCUACGCCAUCGGGCUGCCCCUGCCCAGCAGUGCCAUCCUCAGCUGGAAGUUCUGCCAUGUCCUGCACAAGGUCCUGCGUGAUGGUCACCCCAACGUCCUCCAGGACUGCCAGCGGUAUCGCAGCAACAUCCGAGAGACAGGGGACCUGUGGGGCCAUUUGCACGACAGGUACGGGCAGCUGGUGAGCAUCUACACACGGCUCCUCCUCACCAAGAUCUCCUUCCACAUCAAGCAUCCCGAGUUCCCCGCAGGCCUCGAAGUGUCGGAUGAGGUGCUGGAAAAGACUGCGGGGACGGACGUGAACAACAUCUUCCAGCUGACGGUCGAGCUGUUUGACUACCUGGAUUGUGAGCUGAAGCUGUCAGAGUCAGUUUUCAGGCAGCUCAACACCUCGAUGGCGAUCUCGCAGAUGUCGGCGGUGCAGUGCCGCCUGGCCCCCCUCAUCCAGGUCAUCCAGGACUGCAGCCACCUCUACCACUACGCCGUCAAGUUAAUGUUCAAGCUGCACUCCUGUCUACCCCCUGACACACUGCAGGGCCACCGAGACCGUUUCCACGAGCAAUUUCGCAGCCUCAAAAACUUCUUUAAGAAAGCAUCCGACAUGCUGUAUUUCAAGCGGCUCAUCCAGAUCCCCCGGCUGCCCGAGAGUCCCCCAAACUUCUUGCGGGCGUCUGCGCUGGAUGAGCACGUGAAGCCAGUGGUUGUCAUCCCCGAGGAAGCUCCUGAGGACGAGGAGCCAGAGAACCUCAUUGAGAUCAGCACAACUUCCACCACAGAGCCGCAGAUCACCUCAGAUAUAUUUGAGCAAACCUUUGGGCCACCCAACGGCAUUCGGGAUGACAGGGAUGCGCAGAUCGAGAGCCUGAAGAAGGAGGUGGACAUGCUCCGUGCAGAGAUGGAGAAGAUUAAACUGGAGGCGCAGCGGUACAUCACGCAGCUCAAGGCGCAGGUGAACAGCCUGGAGGGUGAAGUGGAGGAGCAGCGCAAGCAGAAGCAGAAGGCGCUGGUGGACAACGAGCAGCUGCGGGAUGAACUGGAGAGGCUGCAGAGGGCAAAGCAGGACAGUGACAGGUCCCAGCGUCUCUGUGCCGAAGCAGAAAAGAAAGCCAACGCCACUGAGAUCCGCUACACGAAACUGAAGGAGAAGCACAAUGAGCUUAUCAACACGCACGCCGAGCUCCUGAGGAAGAACGCUGACACCGCCAAGCAGCUGACGGUCACGCAGCAGAGCCAGGAGGAGGUGGCACGUGUCAAGGAGCAGCUGGCGUUUCAGGUGGAGCAGGUCAAGCGGGAGGCUGAGAUGAAGCUGGAGGACCAGAGCGUGCAGAUGGAGCAGCUGCGGCAGGAGCUGGACGCCCGGCGGGACGAGCUGGACCAGGCGCAGCGCUCGCUCAGCCACGCCAAGCAGGCAAGUGCAGAGCUCAGCGCCCAGGUGGAGGCCCUGCAUGCUGAGAAGGAGGUGCUGAGGCGGUCGGUGAGUGAGAAGGAGUGUGAGGUGCUCUCUGCGCGUGGCCUCGUCGAGGAGAAGGAGCUGCAGCUGAGCCAGGAGGCGGACAAAGCCACGAGGGAGAUCCGUGAGCUGCAGGGCAGGCUCCUGGAGAAGAGCAACCAGGAGCAGAGCCUGCAACAGAAGCUGCUGGAUGAGCAGUUCGGCAUCCUGCAGGAGACGGUGCGGGAGGCGGAGGACAUCCUCCGAGACGCGAUGGCCAAGCUGGAUGACCCGCUGCACCUCCGCUGCACCAGCUCCCCAGAUUACCUGCUCAGCCGGGCGCAGGCAGCGCUGGAGUCCACGGACGCCCUGGAGAACGGACACGCGCAGUACGUGGCCUCCAUGGCAGGUACCUGGGGCUGGGGACUGGUGGCGGCUCUGCCCCUCUUCGCGCACCUGACGGCCGACACCAUCGUGAACGGCAGCGCCACGUCCCACCUGGCUCCCACCGACCACGCUGACCGGCUGACGGAGACGUGCCGGGACUGUGGGCAGCAGAGCCUGGACUACCUGGGCAAGCUGAAGGACAAGCAGACGUUGGGGUGUGCUGAGCUGGGGGACGUGCGGCGGGUGCUGCGGGGGGUCCUGCAGCUGGCCCAGGAGCUGAGGCCCAAGAGCUUAGAUAUCAGGCAAGAAGAGCUGGGAGACAUGGUUGAGAAGGAGAUGGCCUCCACCUCAGAGGCGAUUGAGGAUGCUGUCAGGCGGAUAGAGGAGAUGAUGAGCCAGGCCAGAAACGAGAGCUCCGGUGUUAAGCUUGAAGUGAACGAGCGAAUUUUGAACUCCUGCACGGACCUAAUGAAGGCUAUUAGACUUCUUGUAAUGACAUCUACAAACCUACAGAAGNUAAUAUUCUCAUAACAACAGGGGGCAGCAACAACUCAGGAGUUUUACGCCAAGAACUCGCGCUGGACCGAAGGGCUGAUCUCUGCCUCCAAGGCGGUGGGCUGGGGAGCCACGCAGCUCGUGGAGUCAGCGGACAGAGUUGUCCUGCAUAUGGGCAAAUACGAAGAGCUGAUUGUCUGCUCCCAUGAAAUCGCUGCCAGCACGGCCCAGCUGGUGGCUGCCUCCAAGGUGAAAGCCGAGAAGAGCAGCAGGAACCUGAGCCGGCUCCAGGAGUGCUCACGCAACGUCAACGAGAUGGCGGCCAACGUGGUGGCUUCCACCAAGUCAGGGCAAGAGCAGAUUGAGGAGAAAGACACCAUGGACUUUUCAGGCAUGUCCCUCAUCAAGCUGAAGAAGGAAGAGAUGGAAACACAGGUGAAGGUGCUGGAGCUGGAGAAGCGUCUGGAGGGCGAGCGGGUGCGCCUGGGCGAGCUGAGGAAGCAGCACUACGCCUUGGCUGGGGCCUACGACACCACGGAGGACGGGGAGGCCAAGCCGGCGCCGGCCCCCAGGCGAGGCAUCCUCAAGAAGCCCCCCCUGGCCCAGAAGCCCGGUCACUGGGAGCCUGUGCGAGACGCCGGCCCGUGCCCCCCUCACGGGGCGAAGGUCUAG